AAUGAGUGGCGCCAAAAAUCCACUCCGCCCAAUCAAAACGGCUCGUGCUGUGCCUGUAGAAAACAGCUUGACGAAAUAUCCCGAAUGCUCCCGAUAAUUUCAAUGGUGAGGUCGCGCUCUGUUUAGGCAUGCGCCGCAUGUACGACGAGAAGCUCUGGUCUGAAAAAUCCAUGUAAGGAUAUGCUUCAAUAGAAUGUUGGAUGAUCUCGUCAAAGGUCUCUUCGGUUAUCUGCUGUACGAGUUUCAACCGAGCUCUGCUACCAACUAAUGACCUGCAGCAUUGGCGUCACUUUUAUUCAAGGACCAAUGAUGCAGCAGCCGAUCUAUGACGUCAUCAUUAUUGGUGCGGGCCUGUUCGGCUCCUCAGCAGCUCGCCAUGUUUCGAGACUGGCGGGGAAGAAGAGAAUUCUGUUGAUUGGCCCAAGUGAACCCAAGGACAGGGAUGCAUCUGAUAUAUUCUCCGCCCACUAUGACGAGGGAAGGAUUACGCGGCUUAUGGAACGGACACCUCUGUCGACGAAACUGAUCAGCACGACCCAGCAGUACCUGGCUUUAGAGAGGCAAGCAGGCGUCCAGUUCUUCAAUGAAGCUGAAUACAUACGGGUUCAACCAGAAGGGGACAGUGGGCUCGCAGACAGGAGGAGCGUGGCGAAAGAACUCAACGUAACAAUGGAAGAGCUAAACAUGUCGGAAGCACGAAGAAGAUUUCCCCAAAUAGACUUUAAGCCUGGAGACAUUACUUUGGCAGUCACAAAAGACUGUGGGUAUAUAAACCCGAGAAAAUUCAUACAAGCUCAGCAAAUAGUAGCAAAACAAAAUGGCUGCGUCAUCGUUGAUGAUAUCGUGAAUUCGGUUAAGCCAUCUAUUAGGGGUGACCUUCAACAGGUCAUCACAGCUCAAGGUCGUUUGUAUUUUGGUAGACGGGUAUUGCUGGCCACUGGUGCGUUCACUGAGUGUAGGAGUCUGCUGCCAGUGAAUUUAUUGCCAAAAGUAUUUAAUUCAAAACAAAGCUAUGUACUGAUAGAGAUCUCAGAAGAUGAUCACACCAAGUCAUUCACGACGAUGCCAAAUAUUGGAAUAUUCCGUAACUACCAAGGCACUAAUUUCUUCUUCUACAUUAUGCGCCCUAUACGAUACCCAGACGGCAAACUCUACUUCAAGAUCGGUCACGGUGAGGAGGUACCUUCCGAAGCCUCCAGCCCGCAGGAGAUACGGGACUGGUUCAAGUGUAGGGGGAGCCCUGAGAUGGCCGGGCAUUUAAUCAAAGGUUUCCAUGACAUACUGCCAGGUGUAUCAGCUUUAAGCUAUGCGAUAGACAGCUGCGUGACAACAAACACAACAACAAGCCAUCCCUACAUCGACAUGAUCCAGUCGAAUGUGGGAGUGGCUUUAGGUGGGUGUGGGAAGGGUGCAAUGAUUUCGGACACGGUGGGCCUUAUAGCGGCAAGAAUGAUAUUGAAAGGAGCAUGGGACCAUGAUUUUCCACACGAACCAUUUCAGUGUAUGACAAAAACGGUUGGAAAGAGAGUUAUAUCUAAAUUAUAGAGGUCGCUACUUACAAAUGGACUAAGCUCUGAUGAACCAGACUCCAGUGGGAGGUACUUUAUGAUUAUAGUAUGCUAAAUUGUCAUUUAUUCUGAGUGAAAAACAAAGUAUUUGGCAUGUUUUUUUGGGAAAAUGGAAUUGGACUGUCAAGCCGGGGUAACAUCAUCCUCUUGCAAACAGGGCCUACAACGCAUGAGGGAGUAAGUAUCUAUCGAGUGAAAUGGCCUGAUAUUGUCAGGAUGGGGUAACAAUCUGUGGUUCCUCAUAUUUCCGUGUUUCCAUACAACAGGCAACUAGGGAGAGACUAUUUAUUUUCAGUAGGUUACGUAGAAAGAGAAAAGCCAUGUCAUUCAAUAUUUCAGCAUUCCAAAAAGGUGAGGAAAAGACUCAAAAACGGAAACACUGAAAUAUGCUACACACUUGAAGAAUGAUAAUACUGCAUGCACAAUAGCUAGAUGAAUUUAUUGAAGAAUAUUUCAAUCUACAGCAGCGUAAGAGGCCGAAUAACCCAACCAGUUGUCACUGUCAUCACUAACAAACUGAAGGUGAAUGUGAGAGCUGUCGGAAACCCAGGUGAAUUUCUCCUUUUUCCCGCACAGCUUAUCAGUGGUCCGCUGGCUCCAGAGGUCCGUAAUCUGAAAGUAAUGCAUUAAAUGAGAGUAGUUAAGGUAUAAAUGAAAAUCCGGUAGUAAAACUGACUUGCAUCCAAAUGGGGUAGGCCUAAAAUGCGUCGGAUGUUAGAGGGAGAAUUGGGAAGAGGUAGCCUUGAAAAUCGGUUAUUUCUGACAUACGGCCUUUUGCAAAUGUUUACAUUAGUUACCAUUGAUUGGAUCAGACUGAAAGAGAGAUUGUAUUGGUCAAAUUAAACAGGAGUUACAGAAAGUCACCAAUAGGGGUUGCUUCAAUCACACAGUUCACGAAACUAUUUAUGCUUGUAGAGGAACUGCUGAAUAUGAUACAACGAACACAUUUUAACCAAAUUAGAUUAAAGUUCAAAUGCGAAUUUCACUUACUAUUAGGUAGUCACAUUUACACCUGCUGUGCAACUCUACAUCGAAGUGCCAGAAGGUCAAGGACACCUUCUUAUCGGGAUGGACGGUAAUAAACGUCGUACAGUUAGUGUUCGACUGGUAUCGGUUCGGAUAUCUUGGGCUGGUCACGUGACCCUGGAGAGCAUCCAUGGAUUUACUCCUGCAACCUGAACAUUCUUAUUUCACUAAACUUAACCACUAUUUUCAAGGGUUUUUUCUCUCACAUAUUUCUAUACUGUAUUGGGACAGAAUGUUGUUGGACUCCGUAAAAGUGGCUUUAUCAGGUCAUACAUGUUUGCAUUUUGGGUGAAUACUGCUACCCAGGUAUGCUUUUGUCGUAGGGCCUCAAGCCAACGAUGAUAGGCACUUGUUUUCAUAAUGAUAGUGAAAAGAAUGAGGUAAUGCCUGUAUAAUUUCAGCAUACACCUAUCCAAAUAAAACUAUA